UUACAGGUGUUGAUGAAAUACUAACUGCAUAUUCACAAACAAUGAAUUCUGUUGAAUUAUAUGGACCUACAAAUUUUUCUCCUAUAAUAAAUCACACAGCCCGAAAAAUUAGGUCAGAAUUGGAUGCUGGAAAUAAUAUGGUUUAUUAUGUAUUGUUAAUAAUUACAGAUGGUGUAAUCACAGAUAUGCAAUCAACAAUAAGAGCAAUAAUCAAAGCUAGUUCAUUACCCCUAUCAAUAAUUAUUGUCGGUGUGGGAAAUUCUGAUUUUACUAAGAUGCAUAUAUUGGAUGCUGAUGAUUUACCUUUAACUGAUGGUAAUUCUCGGAUGGAAAGAGAUAUCGUACAAUUUGUGGUUAUGAACGAGUUUCAAACGGAAUAUUCAAAAUAUUUAUUGCCUAAGAAAGUUUUAGAAGAAAUUCCUGAUCAGUUUUUAGGGUAUAUGAAAAGAAAUGGAAUAAGACCUCGUUCUCCUAUUAAUAAUGAAAUUGUUCAAUUAAUUGAUAAAAAAUACAAAACCAAUAAUAAUGAUUAUGGUAAUGCUGGUAGUGCAACCUAA